AUGAGCGGCUUUCGAGGGAUUGUGAAGGAGGGCUGGCAUCCUAAGGGCCGGGAUGGCGGCAAAGAGUCUUGGAGAGGCGACUUUAAGGGCAUCAAUCAAGUGGCCGGGUGGAUGGGCAAGAAAGCAGAUCCCCACAAGCAAGAAGACGUUCACGUGUCCCGACCUCUGUCUAGUCUCAAAGACCCAGCCUCGUUUGGGCCGCCUCCAAAGAAUGUCAACUACCACGGCGGAGCUGCGCUGCCGAACGAGAUCACACCUCAAACUGAAGGCUGGGGUGCUCCUUUGCGUCCGGACCAGAUAUCAACCGCGAACACAGUAGCCAGCGGACCUACAGAUGAAGAGAUCGGAGAGCAGAACAGAAAAGCCGGCCCUCCGUUGCCCUAUCGGGCGGAUCGAACAGGACUGAAGACAGAUCAUCUACCGCCGCCCCCUGUCCACCGUGACGUGGAUAGAAGUCCCGCUGCCGCGCAACCAGGACCGGUCAGACAGCAACCGAGGGUACCACCAAGGCUACCUUCACGACAGCCUACAUUUUCUACACCCACUCCUCCGGCCGUGACCAACUCCCCCCCUCCGCCAGCCUACGAGUCGACUCCCGCUGCCCACCCAGCGCAAUCCAGUCCAGGCUACGGGAUAAACCAAGCUGCCGUCAAUAGAUUGGGACACUCGGGUGUGUCAGUCCCGGCCCUUGGUAUUGGGUCUGGCCAGCCCUCAAAUCCCUGGCGCAACGAGCAGAGUCAAACAAUCCAGCCCAGUAGUCCGCCCACGAACGCCCAGCCGGCAACAGACCAGCUCUCUGAACUCCAAGCCCGCUUCGCCCGCAUGAGCUCAAGUGCAAGUGCAAGCAGCCAACAGAAUGUUACGCCUCCCUUCGUCACACCCGUCCAGUCACCGCCGCCCCCGGUUCAACCGAGCUACACUCAGCCAACGCAGCCACAACCACAACCACAGGGCCAAGGAACAACAUGGGCCGAAAAGCAGUCCGCCAUGCGCACGGCCCAAACCGCAUACAAAGAUCCAUCCACCGUCUCCGCCGCAGACGCCGCAUCGGCCGUACGCACCGCGAAUUCAUUCCGGGAACGUCACAAAGACUCGAUCGAUGCUGCUGGCAAUCGCGCCAACGAAUGGAACAAGAAGUAUAAUGUCACCGGCCGAUUGAAUUCGUUUCUCGAGAAACAUAGUUCCCCGUCACCUACGUCAGAGAAUGGGCCCAACGGAGGCAACGGAAAUGCGUACGUCGGGCAGCAGCCGAUGCAAGCAAACUCGGUUGUACCUCCACAACAGAGUCCAGAGGUUGCAGCCUCGAUAUCUCGGAAACCGCCGCCUCCGCCACCCCCGAAAAAGCCGGCGAAUAUGCAUGGUAGUAUUGGGGGAAUGGGCGUAGCGCCGCCACCUGUGCCACUAGGUACGAAGCCGAGCUAUUCGUGA